AUGGUGUCCCUCGUUGCGACAGUCGUUCUUCUCUUUGCCGGGGUUCAACUCUCCGUGCCUAUGCUGAUACCCAGCCGCCCUGGACAUCAGGUACCUAUCCGUAUCGAAUCUUCCAGCUACAGUUCUCUAGCAUCGGCUUCAGGACCAGGCUGGAUGGUACAUGAGCAAGAUGAGCAUACAUGCGAUGCGGGCUCUCGAAAUUUCGCGGGACGCGUCAAUAUCUCCGACACAAAAUCCAUGUUCUUCUGGUUUUUCGAAAGUCGCCAGCGUCCGAAUGAGCGACCAGUCACAGUCUGGCUGAAUGGUGGACCUGGUGCAAGCUCCACCUCGGGAAUGUAUGGCGAAGUCGGGCCCUGUACCAUCAACAAGGACCAUGAUGGCACUGUUUUCUCGGAAUACAGCUGGACAAACCAUUCUAACUUGCUGAUUAUUGAUCAACCGGCUGGAGUCGGUCUUUCUACCGUCCGCGGGGCUCUUCCAGCCGGACUCCUCGAAGCAUCAGCCGACUUUGAAGCCACGCUCAAGGUAAUCCUGGAGAAUAUUCUUCCCCAAUACGCAUCUAACCCGCUAUACAUCGCGGGCGAGUCAUACGGCGGUCAAUACGUGCCUUAUUUCGCCGCGGACAUUGUCAGACAUCAGAAAGAAAGCUCCCCCCAUAGACUCUUGAACACCCCCUUGGCCGGCAUUAUUCUCGUGAAUGCACUUGUCGAUAACUCAUGGCUGUCACUCGGUCAAUAUGAGUUGUUCUGCACAGACAACGAGCCCAACGUUCUGCGUUUUAACGAGACAGUCUGUGAUGCAAUGGCAGCAGCGGCUCCGGAGUGUGAGAGGCUCGGGGCACUGUGCAGAACAUCCGAUGAUCCCUAUAUCUGCCUCGCAGCAGCUGAAUUCUGCAUGGAAAAUUUGGAUAUCUACUUCCAGGCUGAAGUUGAUGCGCUUCGGCGAAGCCCAUAUGACUUCCGACGCGACUGCCCCGACCCACCGCUCUGUGGCGUGGGCGACAACGGCAUGGGCUCAACCGAGAAGUUCCUUAAUCGUCCCGAAAUCCAGACUCGUCUCGGCUUCGACUCUCCAGUCAACUUCAUCCCAAUCAACUUCGACAUGAACACGCUGUGGGCGUCUAACCCAGCAAUUUUCCUUCCAGCUACAAAAUACUUGACGUAUCUACUUGACGGUGGCAACAGGCUGCACUCAUUUGGUGCGCGCAACGUGGGAGGAGAGCAUAGUAAUGCAUCUGUCGCUGCUGCUGCUUCCGUUCCCGUCCUUGUCAUCAACGGCGAAUACGACGUUGGCUGUAAUGCGCCCGGUACACUUCUGACAUACGACCACCUGCCAUGGCACGGCCAGGCCGCAUUCCGGGCGACGCGAAGUCUGGAUCCUUGGUAUUGGACCGAUGUUAAUGGCCAAGUCCAUAAGGGAGGACUAUGGAAGGGGGCGGCUUCUGGAACGCUAGCAAUCGCCACGGUUCAUGACGCGGGACAUAUGGCUCCUGGGGACCAACGGGGAGCUGUUGCUGCGCUAUUUGGGCGUUGGAUUGCAGGCUCUGGGUCUCUGGGUUAA